AUGGCGGGGCUUUUACGAUUACUGAAGAUGCAGUACACCUUACCUGCGGACCCUCUCACCUCAUUCGCUGGCAAGACUGUGCUGUUGACCGGCGCGACUUCGGGACUGGGCUAUGAGGCGGCAGUUAAGCUUCUCAAUCUCGGCGUGGACUCUUUGAUCAUUGGAAGCCGCAAUAUGGAACGUGGCAAUCGAGUCAAGCACGAGCUCGAGACCCGUACCAAUCGACCCAACACCGUCCAGGUGUGGGAGCUUGAGAUGAGCAGUUUCCAAAGUGUAAAAAAAUUUGCAAGCCGUGCCAACACCGAGCUGAAACGGCUGGAUGUUGCGCUCCUCAAUGCCGGAUUGUGGAAUCGUGAGUAUCGACAAUCCCCCGAGCACUGGGAAGAGACCUUGCAGGUCAAUACCUUGUCAACAUCGUUAUUGGCGAUGCUGCUUCUGCCCAAGCUCAAAGAGAGCUCAACCGAGGCCGAACCGACGCAUCUUGGGGUUGUCUCGAGCCAACAAUUUGCACAGGUCAAGGCCGAGAGCUUGCGGACUGACGGUCCGCUACUGGAGCAUUUGAAUUCUCCGCAGCGGUUCCAUGGACCUAAACAGUAUGGUAUAUCCAAAUUGCUACUGGAGUAUAUGAUGAAGACCAUUGCUGGAUUGGUGCGUGAGGACAAUGGAUCCGUCCCCGUGAUUGUCAACACCAUCAGUCCUGGCCUGUGUCGAUCUGCUCUGGGUCGACAGUACGAUCGGUUCUAUGAGCGAUGGCUGGUUUGGAUCAUGUAUAAGCUCUUUGCACGGACGACUGAGCAGGGUAGUCGCUUAUUGGUGACUGGAAUUUUGCAAGGCGCAGAGGCGCAGGGCAAGUGCUGGCGGAAUGACGGGUAUCUGGACGAAUCCCGAGCAUUGACCACCAACGAAGAAGGCAAGGCUUUUCAAGCAAAAGCGUGGAGGGAAAUCUCGUUGGUCCUGGAGCACGAGGCCGCAGAGAUACGCGUUCUCACGCAGCAACCCCUCGGUACCUGA